AUCCAGAUGACAAUUUAUCUGACAAUCAAUCUGAAAAUUUAUAUGAAGAGGAGGAUGACACAUUAGUGGACGAUGAUAAUAAGGACAAUGAGGAAGAAUAUAAUUCAAAUGAAUUAGCUUCAUCAUUUGUGACAGAAUUAGAUCAUUCUAAUUUCUAA